AACAAAUCAGGGCCGUCAAUCUAAUGGUACAAUGAAACCCUAGGGUUUUUAUUCAUUCCUUCACUCUCCCUCUGAUAAUCACCAUUCUACUUCUGCUGCACUUUCGUGCUUCUCUCUCUCCAUCUCCUUUCUCUUUCCUCCUCUGCAUUCGGCCAUGGCCUUUGUUAAGGCACAAAAAACAAGGGCUUAUUUCAAACGUUACCAAGUAAAGUUCAAGAGAAGAAGAGACGGAAAGACUGAUUAUCGUGCCAGAAAUCGACUGAUUAAUCAGGAUAAGAACAAGUACAACACUCCCAAGUACCGCUUUGUUGUGCGAUUUACUAACAAGGAUGUAAUUGCACAAAUCAUUUCUGCUAGCAUUGCUGGUGACCUUGUGCUUUGCUCAGCAUAUGCACAUGAGUUACCUCGCUAUGGUCUUGAAGUGGGGCUCACUAACUAUGCUGCUGCAUAUUGUACUGGUCUUCUCCUUGCAAGAAGGGUUUUGCAGAAACUUGAGAUGGACCAAGAAUAUGAAGGCAACGUUGAGGCCUCAGGAGAAGAUUACUCUGUUGAACCAGGUGAAACCAGAAGGCCUUUCCGUGCUCUUCUUGAUGUUGGUCUUAUUAGGACAACUACCGGAAAUCGUGUUUUUGGUGCUCUUAAGGGAGCACUGGAUGGUGGCUUGGAUAUUCCUCACAGUGAAAAGAGAUUUGCUGGAUUCGCAAAGGAUGACAAGCAACUUGAUGCUGACGUCCACCGUAAGUACAUCUUUGGUGGGCACGUUGCUGGCUACAUGAGGACUCUCAUGGAGGACGAGCCCGAGAAAUACCAGACACAUUUCAGUGAAUAUAUCAAAAGAGGUAUUGACCCUGAUAACAUGGAGGCACUAUACAAGAAGGUUCAUGCUGCCAUUCGUGCUGAUCCAAGUAUCAAGAAAUCUGAGAAACAGCCACCCAAGACACACAAGAGGUACAACAAGAAGAAGCUUACAUACGAGGAGAGGAAGAACGAGUUGAUUUUACGGUUGAAUAACCUAAACAAUGCUGCAGGCGCGGAUGAUGAUGAUGAGGAUGAAGAUGAUGAAUGAAAACCUUGUUAUCAAGAUUAGGAAGUUGGUUUUUUUUUGUUUUCAGCUGUUCGACAUAAGAACAUCAAGUUUUGUUGUUGACUUUUACUUGAAUUAUGGGAAUUUUUGCAGUUGUGCGGAUACUUGUUAGGUACAAUGAUAAAUUUCAGAAAUGACACAAUGGAACCAAAGUUGAUUUGUCUUUGUUUCAA